AUGACAGGGCCUGAUACCAAGUGCCUCAUGCCAGCACCCGAGAGGCCCCAGUUCACUCCAGAGCCGCUCCAGCCGUCACCAGCAAGCACCAAGGGCGGCGGUGGCGGCAAGAGCGAACCAAACCCGGAGCAGCAGCAGCUGCGGCGGAAGAUCAACAGCCGAGAGAGGAAGCAGAUGCAAGAUCUGAACCUGGCCAUGGAUGCCCUGUGGGAGGUGAUCAUGACCUACUCUGCUGCCCACUGCCAGAGCUCCCCGGACUGGAAACUCUCCAAGAUUGCCACGCUGCUCUUAGCCAGGAACUACAUCCUCUUGCUGGGCAGCUCUUUGCAAGAACUCCGGCGCCUCAUUGGGGAGAUGAGCGGCGCCGGGCCCAGGCUGCUGCUGGCUGGCUUGCCUCUCUUGACAGCCGCCCCGAGUCCGGUGCUUCUGACGCCGGCGGGAGCCUUGAGCCACCCCCACCCGGACAGCGUGCGCUCAGCCAGCAAAUACCUGUCACUGGAGGAGCAGCAGCAGUGUGGCCAAGUCCAUCUGCCCGGUGGGGCCAGCCUCUGCCCCUGCACCCUGUGCAAGUUCUCCCACUGCCUCCCCACUGGACCUGCGCAGUUCUCCAAGUGA